AUUGUCACGUCAAAGUUGUCAUGGCCUCGACAUGUCACAAUUUCCUUUCGUCUUUCUUUUGUGAUCAACUGUGAUUUUAGUGCACGCUCUUUUUCCGUAAAGAAAAUUUUAAGCUAUAUGAAAAUUGUUUAAUUUCGAUUUUUUAUGAGAACUACACGUUAAAUUUAUGUGUUUGAAUAGGAGUGUUACUGCAGUUCAGUGUAAUUCGAAAAUAUAAAUUGAGGUGAUUAUGAGUACCGUUUUGGAGUAUCUCAAUCAAUAAUUUUUGUGUGAAGUUAAUACGUUUUGUGGUUAUUUUUGUUGAGCAAAAAAUGUCGGAGGUCCUAUCAGGUCGUGUGUCUAAGCAUAGGAGGGACCGUCGCGUUAAGAAUAGCACAGUACUGAGAAUGAUGGCAAUCAUGCAGGAAGGAAAUAGUGAGGUACCGAAGGAAUUUCUGGAGACGGGACGGACGGGGCGGAGGAACGCAAUGCCGGAUAUACUUCACCCUCAGAACGCUGAAGCUAGCACUGCGGACUUGCCCUCGAGAUUGCAACAGCUUACUGCAGCCGAUGCAGAGACCCAAUCAAGUACAUCAACUGCGUCGCCUGCGGACCCGAAAACACCCACUAAAAAGGAUGACACGCCCAGUUGAACUGCUUACCAUACUCUCAGUCCCCAAGGACUACACAGGACUUGCCCAAAGCUAAAGUAAUCUCAAUCAGGUAAAUAGUAUUACUAAGCACUGAGUAAUGUAGCCCCACCUUAUAGGGAUGGAAUGGUGUACAAAUGUAGCUCUUAUGCCUAGAUCAACAAGAUAGAAAUUGCAUAAUUUUUAGUAUAUAAGAUUUGUGUACACGGGCGCUUCGUCGAAUUUAUUUUUUGAAAUUAUUAGUUUUUUUUCAUUAAGGUUUUGAAUUGGCGUAAAACGUCUUGUAGACAUGUUUGUUUGUUACUAAAGUCGAAACAAAAUCCAGAUGAUGUUCGAUGUAAAGUUGGUUUAUUGAAUGUUUUUAAGUAAACAAAGCUGAAUGUUGUAGUUAAUGGGAGUGAUUUGUAUCAAAGUGAUUGAUAUUUAAGAGUGUCGUGUAAAAAUUGGAAUUAGACAAUACUGAUAUAUUAGUAGAGAAUGAAUUGUUUGAUUGUUGAUAAACAUUACACCGAAUGGGUUUGAUAUGGCAGCACUACCAAAGAACAAGGAGAAAUGAAGAAUCUUUUCGAUUCAAAAACAAUAAUAAAACCACAUCCAUUCAUGCGUAGUUAUGUAAAGGACGCACAAUGACAGGAGUUCUAUUGGUCUAUAGGUUUUUAUAUUCGGGUGUCCUAAAAUGGCGCGAUAAUUAUAAGUACCCAAGUAUUCGAUCUUUAGUUGUGAAUGCAUGACAUUGUAAUUUCAUCAGCAUUCUCAGCUUUAACAUAACAUUACUUAGCAUUAACUUGGUACAGUCAAAAUAUGAUUGGAGCUGAAACAAUGUUCAUAUCUUUUAUAUUAGAAGUUUAUUACGCCAAAUUCAUGUCUAUUAAUGUUUAACACUCAACCUUAAAUGCCCUGUAAUAAGUAGUUUGAAAAGUUUUGGACUAAAUCGAAACUAAUUGAGAGAACCGACUACGUAAAAAUUGUUAACAAUAAUAAAUAUAUUUUUUUCAUAUCAUAAAUGCAAAGUGCAAAAAGAGUUAA